AUGUCACCACCGGACCGAUUUCUGUGUUACACUCAAAGCGUCGCGGACCCCGGAAUCGCCAGGAAGGCAUUUUCGCAAAUGCUAUUCAAGCAUCAUCAUUUGAAUAAUCCAGAGCCACGUCUUCAGUGAGUGACAGUAAGGAAGGAUGUCAAAUGCUGUAAACGAGUCAUGUCUGACGGGAGCAGAGGACACAGUCGCCUUCCUACUUUGUACCGUUCAUGCCUUGGAGGAAUGGGUUGGCCUUGGUCAGGUAGAGGACUACCUGAGUGUUCUCGAAUACUUAUUGUGGGUCUUCACCCCACUAGCAAUCGUCUUUAUCCUACCCUUCCUCAUCGUCAUCCUCCUCUACCUCUCGAUACUUUUUCUUCAUGUCUACAAGAGAAAGAAUCAGUUGAGAGAGGCAUACUGCAAUAACCUUUGGGAUGGAGCCAGAAAGACUUUGGCAACGUUAUGGGAUGGACAUGGCGCUAUAUGGCACGGCUAUGAGAUCCAUGGGAUGGACAAAAUCCCAGACAAAGGACCGGCACUAAUAGUGUACUAUCAUGGAGCCAUUCCGAUUGAUUACUACUACUUCUUAGCUAAUGUCAUUAUCCAGAAAGGACGAACUUGCCACUCUGUAGCUGACCACUUCCUUUUCAAAAUACCAGGGUUCAAAUUACUAUUGGAGGUGUUCAGUGUGAUGCAUGGUCCUCAGGAGGAGUGUGUACAGGCACUGAAGAAUGGUCACCUGUUGGGCAUUUCUCCAGGAGGUGUGAGGGAGGCUUUGUUCAGCGAUGAGACUUAUCCUCUUCUUUGGGGUAAACGCAAAGGCUUCGCCCAAGUCGCCAUCGAUUCUAAGGUGGCUAUAAUUCCAAUGUUUACCCAAAAUGUCCGAGAAGGCUUCAGAUCUUUGGGAACACUGAGAUUUUUCCGUUGGACGUACGAGACAUUUCGUCUUCCUAUCGCUCCUGUAUAUGGUGGAUUCCCAGUGAAGUUCCGGACAUUCCUUGGCGAUCCUAUCCCCUAUGACCCGAAUAUAAGUGCUUCAGAGCUGGCAGAACAAGUAAAACAGGCUGUCCAGUCUCUCAUAGACACGCACCAGCAGAAGCCCGGGAAUGUUCUGAGAGCCCUUCUGGAGAGAUUCCGCACCAAAUACAAAAUUGAAUAGCGUCAUCAUACACAAACUAUCCAUUAGGCAGAACAAAAAUGGGACAUAGAGGGAGUGUGUUCAAAAAGGUAGACUACGUUGGCGAAGUGCAUUAUUCUAAAGAAGGAUUAUGUCCAAGCGGAAAACUUGAAAUUCGGAUUUGAUGGAUCUUUAGUGAUACAAGUCCUGGAACUUUUACAUGUUAGAUACAUGAUAUACCUUAUAGACUUGUGUCAGUGACAACCUGGUUCCCUCUCCAUACAUAUUCUUUGAGUUAAAAAGAUAAUGUGUGUUGAUGGUCUGAAAAUCACUGUGUUAAUCGUCUUGAUUUCCACAUGCUACCAAAGUUUGACUCCUUGAAGGGUCUUAAAGUAUGUUUGUUUUUUUUCUUCUCAAGAGUUUCACUUCAGAAGCCCUGCUUUUCCGUUCUUGAUGUGCAAAUCCAAACUGUUGCUUUAAACCACUUUUAAUAUGCCUUUGUUUGUGAAAAGUCUUAAUAGUUAUGACCAAUUGGCCUCAUGUUUUUUUUAUUAGGGUACUACUUUUGUUGUGUGCUUGGAGUAACACCUUUAAAUUACUAUAUUAUUAAUGAAAACAGAUUUGGACACAUUCUGGCUAAAAGCUUGUGAACACUUUGUAUGGGUAUCAUUCUUUUUUAAUAGAAUUAUUUUGGUAUGUAAAAUGUAAUUUGAAGACAAAUUAUUGGAAAAGUGGUUGUUGGAACAUAUCAAGACUGUCUACGUAACAUAAUAAUAUGUGGAAGGAUGUGCAUUAUUAAGUUUGUUUGCACUGAACAUGGAAAUCCACCUUUACUCUUCUUUUAAAUAGAAAUAGUGUCACCCGUUAAAAAUGCAGUUUUCGUCCGUCCACCCAUCUAUACAGUUCCUCUACUGCCUAAAUAUUCUAGGGAGUUACUUUCAUCUUACAACUUUGUCAGGGUAAAUUGAACUCAUUUGUAAAUUGCCAAUAUGCUAUUGUCUUGAAUUUGAAAGUGACAUUUUGAGUCAGGUAAUUUGGACAUGGAAUUUAGCUGUGUCAUCUUUUUUGGAAGAGGAGUCUCCACAGCAACCAUAUUUAAGAAAAGGGUUCUUAGAAGCGCUGAUCUGACCACACUUGGAAAGAUGUAUUCAAGUGCAAUUUCAGGGGUUUUAAGAUUCCUCAAGUUAUCAUUUAGUUGGAAUUUCGAUGUUAUAAUGGCAGUCCUUACUUGACUUUGGGGAACAAAAUGUUCAAGGUGUAUGUUGCGUAAUAGCAGAAUGUAAUCCUAUUUGUAUUAUUUCUAGAUCCUGGGUGCUUUGGAGUGUUUUAAAAUGUGCAGUACAUAUCACCCCCUUUUGAACUGUCUACAUUGUGGUUGCAGAUGCAGUGUAAUUUAUUACUUUUCUGUGCAUGUAAACAUAUAUAUUUGCAUGUAUGUACUAAUAAUUCAACUGAUGAUGCUUUUGCACAACGAUUUUUGAACAUUGUAAUUGCCAACUCAGAGUUCAUUUUUGUAAAAAUCGAAAAUGUGUUGUUUAACUGAUUGUUUUAUAUUGGUGUCCUGGCUGCUUUAUUUCUAUAUGUGUAGUCUAUGUACUUGCUUUUAAAUGACAGACUCUAAAUAGGACAUUUUUAAAUUUGAAUAAAUCUAUUUUUCUAAGAAA